AUGAAAAUGGAUGUGGAGAAGGGUCGCCGUCGCUCCAAGGGUAUGAGCACCUUGGAGAAGUGUCUUAUUUUUCUCUUUUUGGCCAUGACCGGCACCUGCAUCGGUCUGGUGGUCGUCUACGUCAUUGACAAAGGUGACUCUUCUACGCACACAGAAGGUCCAGACUCGGGUUGUAACGGUCCUCAGGAGCUGUCUGGAGAGUCAGGCACUUUCACCAGCUCUAACUAUCCCAACAGCUACGACAAUGGCCAGAGCUGCACCUGGCACAUCACUGUGGACCCAGAUAAGGUGAUCCAGCUGUGGUUCGAGGAGUUUGCUUUGGAGGAUACUCAGCUCUGCACAGAAGACCUCGUCACCUUGAGAGACUCGCUGGGAACCAUUGGUAAAUACUGCGGCUACACCAAACCAAACCCAGUGGUGACACUUACAAAUCACCUCUCGGUGUACUUUGACACCAAUGACAGAAAAACAGACCAAGGAUUCAAGGCUCAUUACAAAGCUGUGGAUCCAAAGCUCGCACCAGAAAUAGCCGGGGCCGGUGGCUUUCUCCAAGGUGACCGAGGGGAUCUGAUGACCCCCAGCUUCCCAGAGCAGAACUACAUAAAUGGAGCACUGUACCAGUGGAAGAUCACUGUGCCUGAAGGAGAGAGGGUCCGUCUGACAUUUACCUCCUUUGACCUGGUUCCUGAAGUCUGUGGGGAUUUUAUCCAGGUCUAUGAUGGUGACAAGGCCGGAUCAUCUUCCAUAGGUAAAUUCUGUGGAGGGUUGAUGCCAAAUCCAGUGGAGUCCAGCAGCAACACAAUGGUGGUCCGUUUCAAAUCAGACAACACUCUGACGUCCAAAGGAUUCAAAGCUACGUACACCAAGUCCAGCCUUCCACCUGUCGUUGUUCCCACAACCACGCCCAAACCCACAACGACAGCUAAACCCACGACCACAAACAAACCCAUGACCACACAACCUGUCCCUGCAACUACACCCAACAUUGGAACAACACCAAGACCCUCCAUCUCAACCACUCCACCGCCAACGACUGCUGAUGAUGGGUCAGUGAUUCUGCAGGGCCGUAAAGGCGAGAUCCAGUCCUUGGGUUACCCAAAUCCGUAUCCUGCUCAUCUCAAGAGCUCCUGGAAGAUAAAAGUGGCCAAAGGCUUCCUAGUGAAACUGGAGAUCACCGACCUGGCCAUCACAGGAGAGACUGGACAGUGUAAAGAGGACAAACUGAUUGUCUCAGAUGAUUACAGCACACUGGGCACACACUGUGGCUACAUCCUCCCUCCUGUGGUGGUCAGCGCCAGUGACACAUUAUCUGUCACCUUCCAGUCCGACAGUCGCCUCACAGACCGAGGCUUCUCUGCCAAGUGGGAGGCUGUGUAUCCAGAGGAUAUCACAGAGAUCCAGGGUUGUGGCUUUUCCUCCAGUGAAGACACCGGAGUUAUCAAGUCCCUGAACUGGCCCAUGAACUACAAGGCUAACACUGAGUGCAUGUGGAACAUCGCUGUGCCUGAGGGAAAGAAUAUCAAUUUAACAUUCACCCACUUUGACCUGGAAGCUAAAGACUUCCUGACCUCCAAAUGCUAUGAUAACAUCGUGGUGUACGACAUCAACGGUGCGACUAAUGAGGAGAUCCAAAAGCACGGUCCAUUCUGUGGGACUACACUGCCAUCUCCCAUCCAGACAAAAGGCAACAGGCUGGUUAUUCGUUUCCACACUGACUUGUUCACCGAGGCCAAAGGCUUCAGGGCCUACUGGACAACCGACUCCAGUCUGCCUGCUCCCACAGAGCCGCCCGUUCAGCCAAACCCAUGGGACGACAUCCCAAUAGACUGGCCCAGUACAUGUGGCAAACCAGCGAAUCCCCCUGAUGUUAUGUCACGCAUUGUGAAUGGAGAGCGAGCCAAGCCACACUCCUGGCCCUGGCAAGUGUCCAUGCAGGUCUGGCCUGACAGUCGGCCAGAGCCCACAUUUUUCCACACCUGUGGCGGCACUCUCAUUCAUAAGAACUGGGUCCUCACAGCAGCCCACUGCUUUAUAAGAUAUGCUGAUGAGCUGCAGCGUUGGCGCAUGUGCCUGGGCAAACACAAUCUGACCCACACAGAGCCGAGUGAACAAUGCUUCAACGUGACUGGCAUCUAUCGCCAUGAGGGCUUCAAGUAUCCCACGGUGCCCACAGUGGAGUUUGACAUCGCUCUGGUCAGGCUGGACGGAGACGUGACACCCAGUGAUGAGAUCUCCUACGCCUGCCUGCCCUCAGAAGAGGAGAUCCUGCCAGGGGGCAAGAAGUGCUAUGCCACCGGCUGGGGAGAUGAGACUGGUGAUUCAAUGAAUGCUAAAGUGGCAGACGCCUUGAACCAGGUGGCCCUGCCUGUUGUACCGUAUGACACAUGCAAAAGGAUGGAUUACUGGUGGUUCCAGGUCAAGACCUCCAUGAUCUGCUGUGGUUAUACUCUGCCCGAUGAGCUCAAGUCUGUCUGUCAGGGAGAUUCUGGUGGACCUCUGGUGUGCCAGGAUGCUCCUGAUGGUCCCUGGGAAGUUCAUGGCAUAACCAGCUUUGGCCCCAUUGGAUGCAUCAUGGAUAAAAAGCCCUCCGUGUUCACCCGCUCCUCUGCUUAUCUUCCCUGGAUCCAAAACGUCAUCCGCAGAGACAUCUACAACGAGCACACAUCUGGCUGCGGAGGGCCAAAGGACCUGACUGGCACAGGAGGCACACUGUCCUCUAUGGGUUACCCGAGCGGCUACAGCAACAAGGCCAGCUGUCAGUGGAACAUCCAGGUGCCCGACGGCAAACUGGUCCACCUCCAUUUCCACAAUUUCUCCCUGGAGGAGAGUCAGAUGUGCCUGAAUGACAAAGUCAUGCUCAGUGAUGGAGUAGGAAGUUUAGGCACACACUGCAGCCAUGUUCCCCCUAAAGACCUCGUGAGCGAUGGAAACAAACUUCACAUCAGCUUCUCCUCCAAUGACAGGGUGGUGGACAGCGGCUUCCUUGCCAGCUGGAAGGCAAUAGACCCAGCAGAGGCUCCGUGUGGAGGGACAUUCAGCAGUGAUCAGGGGGACAUCAUCUCUCCAAACUGGCCCAAGGACUACCUCUCUGAUAGUGUUUGCACAUGGCGUAUCUCUGUCCCUUCAGCUGAAAGCAUCCAUGUAGCCUUCACUCACUUUGAGGUACAGACUGUGAACAUGUUAGGAAACUGUGUGGACCAUGUAGAGAUCUUCAACGGACAAAGCAUGGAAUCACUGGGUCGAUUCUGUGGCUUUGCUCCUCCACCUGCCAUGCACGUCCCUGGAAACACAGUCAUCAUCCGUUUCAUGAGUAAUGGAGACAAUCAACAGGCAGGCUUUCGUGGUUACUGGACCACUAAUAGCAGUGUUAUCCCAACGUUAACUCCUUCCCCUCCAAACCCUUGGGACAAUAUCACUAUUGACUGGCCAGUAGACUGUGGAAAACCAGAAGUUGAACCAAACACAGCCAACAAGAGGGUGGUUAAUGGUGAAGAGGCUAUCCCCCACUCCUGGCCCUGGCAAGUCUCCAUGCAGGCAUCACCAAUGCCACCCCUAUUUUACAUGCACGGCUGUGGAGGCUCUUUAAUUCAUGAGGAAUGGAUACUUACUGCUGCUCACUGUUUCAUGUUCCCACUGAAUAAACCUUCCUACUGGCGAAUGUGUUUGGGGAAGCACCACAUGAACUCCUCCAUGGACAUUCCCUCAGCAGAGAAAUGCUAUAUGGUCGACGGUAUCAUCCGCCAUGAGGGCUUUGUCUAUGAACAGGAUAGAUCUGACAUCACCAACGACAUAGCCCUGGUACAUCUGGCCGAACCUGUCAAUAUGACGAGGGAGAUCAGCCCCAUCUGUCUGCCUAAACCAGGGGAUGUGAAGCCAGCCGGAGCACCCUGCAUUGUCACUGGCUGGGGAGAUGAGAAAGGUAACCUGUUUCCAAAAGUGUCCGAGAAGCUGAAUCAGGCAACCCUCCCUAUCGUUGACUUCAAGACCUGCAGUAAACCUGCAUACUGGUGGGACGUCCUAAGGCCUUCCAUGAUCUGUGCCGGCUAUGAGUCCCCAGAUGAGCUCAAGUCUGCCUGCCAGGGUGACUCUGGUGGUCCCUUUGCCUGUGUGGGGGCAAGAGCUGAACCAGCCUGGGAGGUGCAUGGCAUUGUCAGCUUCGGACCUCAGGGCUGCAUUAAAGACAAGAAACCUUCAGUGUUUACUCGUGUGUCUGCAUUCAACGACUGGAUCGAUGACAAUAUCAAGAAGUUUAUUUAUGAGAGCGGAAAAACCUACUAA